CCCCGGAGGUGAUGUCGAUAGAUUGAUGGCGAGGAUGAUACAUAGCGGAGUACAUGGGGCGAAGAAGCUUCUGAACCGCUCCGCCGACUCACGCGCCGUCAUCAAUUCGGCGACGCCGCAGCUGAAGAAGCUACCCUUUUCCACCUCCAACGGCGGCCCAGCAGCCACAGAUAGAGUUGUUUCAGAACAUCAAACACUCCACCAUGUUCUUAAAUCCUGCAAACUCUCUUUGGAUUCCGCAACUGCAGUUCAAACCCACGCUAGAAUCAUUACACGUGGAUAUGGCACAUACCCUUCUCUCCUUGCUUCCCUUCUAGCUGUUUAUAAGCGUUGUGGUUGUGUCACUCUUGCUACUCAACUUGUCGAUCACAUUUUCAAUUGUGCUAAUGGUAUCAACUCUUUGAAUCUCGUUAUCGAAAGCCUCAUGAGGAAUGGGGAAUGUGACAUUGCCAAGAGGGUGUUCCGAAAAGUCCCUUGCCCGGAUUUAGUAACUUGGAACACUGUCAUUGCAGGUUGUGUUCGAAAUGAGCGUUUUCAGGAGGCAUUGGGAUUGUUCCGGAAGCUGUUGAGCUCGGAUUUGGAGCCGGAUGGGUUCACGUUUUCGUCUGUGAUUACUGCCUGCGCCCGGCUUGGAGCGCUGCAUAAUGCGCAGAGGGUGCAUUGUCUGAUGAUGAACAAGAGAAUUGAUCUGAAUUUCAUUCUGAGUGCAGCUCUUAUAGACAUGUACUCAAAGUGUGGUAGAGUGCAGACUGCUAGAGAGAUUUUUGGUGCUGUCCAGCAUAAUCAUGUCUCGGUUUGGAAUGCGAUGAUUAAUGGAUUGGCAAUUCACGGGCUUGCUUUGGAUGCAAUCGAGAUAUUCUCAGAGAUGGAGAUGGAUAAUGUGUUACCUGAUUCAAUAACUUUUGUUGCCCUUCUGAAAGCUUGUGGUCAUUGUAACUUGGUGGAAGAGGGUCGCAAGUACUUUGAUUUGAUGACAAGUCGGUACUCAAUUCAGCCAGAAAUUGAGCAUUACGGAGCCAUGGUUGAUCUCUUGGGUAGGGCUGGGCUUCUAGAAGAGGCUUAUGCAACUAUAAAGGCCAUGGAAGUGGAGCCGGAUGUUGUUAUAUGGAGGGCACUUCUCAGUGCCUGUAGGACUCAUAAAAAUCCAGAACUUGGAGAGGUUGCCAUUGCCAAUAUAUCCCAUCCCAAGAGUGGAGAUUAUGUGUUGCUUUCAAAUACUUAUUGCUCUAUAAAGAGGUGGGAUAGUGCAGAGACAGUGCGAGAAAUGAUGAAGAAACAGAGAGUUCAUAAAAAUCAAGGGAAGAGUUGGCUUGAGUUGGAAGGUAUGAUCCACCAAUUCAGGGCUGCUGAUCAGACACACCCCGAAAUGAAAUCAAUAUACAGAGUGUUGGAGGCAUUGAUCCAGCGGACCAAGUCAGAGGGCUUUAUGCCUGUGACAGAGUUGGUUUUGAUGGAUGUAUCCGAAGAGGAAAAAGAGGGAAAUUUGAAUUGUCACAGUGAAAAGCUGGCAUUGGCCUAUGGAAUCCUAAAAACAAGUCCUGGAACAGAAAUCAGGAUCUCAAAAAACCUUCGGAUCUGUCAUGAUUGUCAUUGCUGGAUAAAAAUGGUUUCAAGACUACUCAAUAGAGUGAUCAUUGUGAGGGAUAGGAUUCGUUUUCACUACUUUGAAGGUGGUAUGUGUUCUUGUGGAGAGUAUUGGUAGCCAAUAGCUGUGAUAUCUGGUAUGUGAUUCUGGUUCUAAUUGAGGUGGAAUACAGAAGCAAACGUAGAAAGACUUGUCAUUGAAGUGAUUUCUGUACGAGCUUUUUGUAAAAAUAUAGAAGCACUUGAAGGAUAACCAAGAAAUCUAUGUGAUAUCGAUUCAUGUUCUUCGAUUCCUAUACCUUGUCAUACCCCAUCAGAGUAAUGCUGAGAACGAGCCUUCAGGGUCCAGAUUUAAACCUUGGUUAACUGCUAGCAAACUGACUAGAGAAAAAUGAAAUGGAAUAUAGUGGAGCAGAGACCUGCAAAAUGGAUACAGCUCCUAAGUAUGCUCGGAUAUCACUGUUUGAAUAUCCCCAACCCUCAAGAUCACCGAUGAAGAUAAACUUCUCCUGUCCUGGUGGCAUCCUGAACAUCAAGUUCAAAUCAUCAAAAAAUAUACAUUGUGUAUGAAUCUACAGACUACGGCUAUGGUUUAGCUUUUCUUUAUAAAGUAUAGAAUCAGAUGAAAAAGAUACAGGCUGAAACGAGCACAAGCAGCUAGCACCUUGGAUAAAGGAUCUUUUGCUUCAACAAAUGCUCUCAUAAGAUGAAUUCUUCUCAUCUCCUCCAUUUCUUGAGUGCUGCUUUUCAUCUCGUCGUUUGUAUUUACCCUUGGUACCACUUGUUCUGCUUCAUCUUUCAUGGUUUUCUUGGACUCCAACUCAGGUAUUAUAUCAGAAUCCAUGGUUUUUUUUUUCCUCUCUCUCACAAAAACAAAAACUGAGACCUUGACAGUGCUAUAUAGCUAGUUGCCGUUGAGGAUGAUUAGCUAGAAAUGCAAUUAAUGAAGUAUGUAAUGACCUCAAAAUUUAAUAAAAAAUAAAAUAAAAUAAAAGAGGCUUUGAAUUGUAACCAAGAAAACUUCAUGUUAGGUGGUUUUGAACAAUUUCAGCUCCUUAGAACUUUAUUUUGUAAAUGUAAUUAAUGCUGAAGACAGCCAUUUGGGUCCAAUUUUAAAGCCCCCACUUAACUGCUAAAAACCUGACAAGUCAUAAGAAAUAUGGAUCAUGAUGCCUUUGCUGGGUUUUUCUACCAGUGUUUUUGCUUGACUUUUAGUUUUAGCCGUCUAUUAUAAACCUAAAGGUGUAUGAGCAAAGAAACAGCAAAUUCAGUACGCUUUAAGUUGGAGCAUAUCAGAAAAUUCCUAAGAGUGUAUAUUUUCUGAAAUCUGAAGUUGUUGCAGCUGUAAUAUAAGAAUCAUGAAUGCAUGGUAUACCUCUCUCACACAGAAUUAAUUUGGGUUGGUAGAAAUUGGGUCAUGCAAUGUAUAUGCUUGCUUUAAGAACCGAUCAAAAUUCAAAAGUAGGGUAUGUAAUGUCUGCUUGUAUCAGACAAUUCAGAAACUACCGCAUCUGACACUCAACAUGCAUAUCAUUUCAGUACACAACAGAUUGGUGAGAUUCAUGACCUGGGAAGGACCUCACUUUAAAAGUAGGAGAAACCAAAGCUUUUAUUGGUUGGACCAAUACACACACAUGUGCACAUUUAUGAUUUAUCAUAUCACACUAGAGGAAAAUUGUUAUAUUACUAGUUUGAUUCACAAUAUUACAAUUUCUCAGAACCCCAUUGAACCCAAAGAUCAUAGAGGAUUAAGUCAAAAUAGAGUAAUUAUGUAUAAUUAAGAAGAUUAUGAUAUGUGAUUAUGUUUUUUUACCUUGGAGGAGGGAUCCUGGGCUUCAACAAAUGCUCUCAUGAGACGAGUUUUGGUCAGCUCGACCAAUUCAUUGCUGUUUUUCAGAGACAAUGGCAGAAUGUAUAAGAUCUCUGAUAAACAGAGAUGAAGCUUGCUAGAAGAGAGCUCAGGAAUGCUGAUGGAUUGGCACUUGAAAUCCAGAAGUGCAGAUUAAAUAGGACUUGUCCAAAAAGGCUAGAGUCUUUUGAGGCGACCUUUCUCUACUCAAUUAAAUUCUUCUCUUGUCACUUUGCUCCCCAUCAAUUUCACUUCAAGAGGAGUUGAUGAGCUUCAUUUAAUGGCAUCCCAAGCUCGCUGUACACAUGCACAUAAUUUGGGCCUAUUAUUUGUCACCAUAUUAUUAUUUUUGUGAUCAACUUUAUUGAACCACAAAAUCUAUUUGUUAUUACCUUAGAACUGUUCCGACUCCAACCAAAAGUCGGUGAAGGGUGUCAAAUUUUCAAUUAAUUUCUCUGUAACGUUCCAAUUUUUUGGCAGGUCACGAAAGGGACGGUUUCAUAACUUCUCUGGACUAGUCAAGUAGCAUCGUUUUCUUAAUGUAAAUAGACUGCCAUUCUCUUGGGUCCUUUCUUCUCAAGAUUGUUAUUAUGCUUUAUACGAGUGAUACCAUAUAUUAUAGUACUCUUCAGGCUUUUUCUUCCA